CGUCAGUUUUGUUAUGGCGGGGGCGUCGUGUCGUUUGUAUUUACCGUUUCCUGAAUAAAGUAUCGUGCGGGUAUGUGCCAUCGGCGUUAGCCGAUUUUGUAUAACGGAACGGACAUUAUCGCGAGUGACGAGUGCUCAUCGACGCUCAACGAGCGAUCCUUAGCGCGGCAUGAAGCCCCGGAUCAUGCCGGCGCUCUCGGCGGGCUUCGGCGAGCAUAUUGAGGAUUACGAAGUGUUGAAUCUACUGGGUAAAGGAGGCUACGGCUGCGUUUACCGGGCAAAAUGUCUCCGCAGCAAUACGGAUGUUGCGAUUAAAAUGAUCGACAAAAAGAUGAUGCAAGCUGCUGGGAUGGUGAGUAGAGUAAAUCAGGAAGUAAAUAUUCAUUCACGCUUAAAACACCCAUCCAUCUUGGAACUAUACAUGUGUUUCGAAGAUACAAACUAUGUAUAUCUAGUGUUAGAAUUGUGUCAUAAUGGAGAGCUUCAACGCUACCUCAAAGCUCAGGGUUCUAAGACUUUGCCUGAAGAACAUGCUGCCCGUAUAAUCAGACAAGUUGUACAAGGUUUGCUUUAUCUUCAUUCUUACCAGAUACUUCACAGAGACUUGUCAUUAGCUAAUUUACUUUUGACCAGAGACAUGCAAGUGAAAAUUGCGGAUUUCGGAUUAGCCACUCAACUGAGUAGACCAGAUGAAAGGCACUUGACCAUGUGUGGCACUCCAAAUUACAUUUCGCCCGAAGUCGCGACGAGAUCCUCGCAUGGGCCGGAAGCGGAUGUUUGGAGCUUAGGUUGUAUGUUGUACACCUUGUUGGUGGGCAAACCACCCUUUGACACUGACGCUGUCAAAAGUACUUUAACUAGAGUGGUCAUGGCUGACUAUGUGAUGCCACACUAUUUAUCGGAAAACGCAAAGGAUUUGAUAGAUAAAUUACUGAAGAAAAAUCCAAAAGACAGGAUACACCUGCGAGAUAUCAUCAAGCAUCCGUUCAUAACGAACAUAGAAAAGAAUAGGCUGCAUAACGAAAGAGAUGGUGCGGGCAAAGGUUUCCUGACCGACGGUAUGGUGGAUUCUGGGGUCGGGAGAACACUGUCCUCCUACGGUCGCCCGAGAAUGCGAUCUCGAUCAGAGGAGAGAAUGUCUACGAUGCCGAUGAUGCUGAACGGGGCGCAUGGUCCUAUGGUUAGCGUGAGGAGCGAAGCGUUAUCGGAACCCAUUGUGAAAACGCACGCGAGCUACAGAGCAAAAUAUGCGAAUUAUUGCGCGAAGGAGAACUCUUUGUUGCCGUGUGUUCCAUUGCCCCGCAAGGUAUUUCCGCAGAACGAACAUUACGACACGCAUGACUUUAACAAGCAAAAAGUAGAAAGACACAAACGAAGGGAGAAAAGCGUCGAGAAUCAUAAUUCGGAAGCAACCGAGGAAGCAACCAAAAAAUUGCAAGUUCCCCCUUUGAACACUAAUAGAUUGCAACCUACCAGACACAGGACGAAGACUGCGAUUCUCACUAUUUUGGACAACGGAGAAGUUUGCACCGAGUUCAUCAAGCGUCAAAAUGGCAAGGAAAAGAUAAAUGAGGUGUGCAGAAUAUCGGGCGAUGGUUUGCGAGUUGUUCUAUAUAAACCGCACGUGGCUUUAGAAGUGGGUUCGCAACCGCCACCGUUACCUAGCCGAGGUGCCGACAGUAUUUAUUCAUAUGAAAAUUUACCGGCGUGUCAUCAUCGAAAAUACAUGUACGCUGUUCUUUUCGUGAAAUUGGUCCGGGCGCAGACUUCCAAGUUGACGCUGUAUACUCAGCGCUCAAAGUGCUUAUUUAUGGAAAACGGCCCGCAGCCCAACUGUGAAGUGCACUUUUACAAUGGAAUGAAAAUUGUCCGAGAAGACGGUGUUGUAAAGAUCACUGAGGACAAUAUUACGUUUAUUGAAGGCGAGUUUCCUGCGCAUCUAGAGAAUUAUUACGAACAUUACUCCGAGUGCUAUCAGCGUUGCCUAUUAUUGGAAUCCACUUUGGCAUCUUUAGAAGCGGCUACUGGUCAUCCUUGCUUUCCUGCGAUAAUCGGACGGAGGCUUACCGCGGCUCUGAAUGAUGCUCCCUACUUGCAGGGAAAGGAAAACAUUUCGCGUACGAAUAGUACUCCCAUUUUACCAUCUUUUGACGCUUCCUGCUCCGUCGUCUCGACAGUGACUUCCAGGUCGCGUAAAACGAACUCCAUACAUAGUUCUAAUAAUAAUGUAGACAAAGUAGCAGUGCCAGGUAUCGGCUUUGCUACGCAAUUUACAUCCGGAGAUAUUAGGAUUGAUUACAAGGAUGGAUCCGCUUUAACUAUGAAUCCGCAAAAUCAUGGCGGCGGUUUUACAUACGAAAGCAAUAACGGCGAUGUUGUACGAUAUAAUAAACAUCGCCAACAAAAUUUGGAGGUACCGUACUCAGUACAAGAGAAACUGCGUCAAUUGCCGACGGUCAUCAAGUAUCUCAUUCAACCAAAGCACAAAGGCAUUCGGUAGCUCCAUGUCAAAAUAUUGAAUAUUUUGUAUAUUACAACUGAGAAAUCGCAUUUGUCUGUAUAGACCGCAAACUUACCGUAUAUUUGUAAAUUAGUUUAUACGAAUUUUAAAAUAUAGUUUCUUAAUUUUUUUUUUUUAAGUAUACAAUAAUAAAG